CCACAACCAUAUCUGUUAUCCCGUUGUCGAUUGAAUGAUCAACUGUCUGCGCCUCUCUGGACUGAAGAAUACAUAUUUUUUUUCUUUUCAGCAGACCGCAUUUAGUGGUGCGCAGAAAAGUUUCUUGAAACUUGAAAUCCAGCCUUGAGAGGUUUGGUAUUCGGGAACCACUCCGCAAGUAAGGAGCACAAGGCAUUAUUCUACAGAAGCAGUAAUACUCCAAGCUUGCCAAGAUGCCUAGGUCAUUUCUUGUGAAAAAGUAUUUCACCAACAAGAAGCCUAAUUACAGGGACCUGGAAAGCCAAAAUGCAGUUAUACCAGAGUAUUACCCUCAUGCUGAACUUCCAACAAGGGAGAACCACUCUGCCCUGACAUGCUACCCUACUAGCCUGGUUUUCAACGUGGAUGCCCUGCCUCUACCCCUAUCCCCCGUCUCCCCUGCCCUAACUGGUCCAUUGGACCUAAGCAGUUCCCCUUCCAGCAGCAGUGCUGAGGAUGAGGAGGAAGGAGGACGCACAUCCGAUCCUCCUAGCCCCGAUCCCCAACGUGUGUACCACUGCCUGGACUGCAGCAAGACCUACGGCAGCCCAUCAGCCCUCUCCAGGCACCAGCUCAGCCAUUGCCCGAGGGUCAGUGAGAUUGACUCCGUGCCCAGCCAGGCCUCACCUCGCCCGGCCUUCCACUGCAAACACUGCCCUAAGGAAUACACCAGCCUGGGGGCUCUGAAAAUGCACAUCCGCUCACACACCCUGCCCUGCGUCUGCACCACCUGUGGGAAGGCCUUCUCCAGGCCGUGGCUGCUCCGAGGACACAUACGCACACACACCGGCGAGCGCCCGUUCUCCUGCCAGCACUGUAACCGUGCGUUCGCAGACCGCUCCAACCUACGAGCCCACCUGCAGACCCACUCAGAGGUCAAGAAGUACCAGUGUGGCUCCUGCUCUCGAACCUUCAGCCGAAUGUCUCUGCUCCACAAACAUGUGGCCUCUGGCUGCUGCCCCGCCUCCUAGACCAGCAGACCCCCGCUGAAGAUGACAGGGUUACCAGUUCAGUCCAACCUAAGGACACUAUGGGCGCUCUGCAGAGGUACAGGACUUAAGUGGUUCUUGGUAAAAGUUGGAACCGCGGGUGGAAGGUCCUCGGACCAACCAGACAAAGCCGGGAGGGAGUUGGACCCCCAAAAGACUGUCAUACAUCCAUUUGAAGAGGAAUCUGGAACUCCCAGUUAGAAAACGCAUGUUUAAACUGAGCAAAAGGAUAAUGACGAGUGUUACCUAUAGUGUAUUUGAAUCGUCUGUCUUUCAAAGCGCUGGCUAUUUUUCCCAAAUUUUCCCACUGAAAACCAAAGUAAAUGUAUUUUCCCCCCCCGUUGUAACCAUGCAUAGAACCAAGUCGAUCAAGUGUAUUAUCCUACAUGUUUGGUGGGGGGCAGCUGGACGUGCAGUCAAAAUCCCAGGAUGCCCCUCAGUGCCGGCUGGUCCGGGACUGUGACCGGUGCAGCUGCCAAUGUGUGUCUCCGUAGAGAGUAGAUUUUGUCUGUCAGCGUCUUCCCCGCAGACAUCACGCAUGUGCUGGGACAGCUGUGUGUGUGUUGUCAUGACACCAUUCAGUAGAGGAAGGGUGCCGAGAGAUGUUAGCUCUGACCAAAACGGGUUACCCUGUCCUGCUGUUACUCCAUCCCUAUGUACAUACUCCUCAUAUCCCACCUCACUCCUGUCUAAAUAUCCCCAUCACCCACCUCCUUUUAUGCUCCUCACCAAACAUUUCACCUGCACAACCAAGCAGUAGGGAUUUGUGUGACAUGUCUCAAGAGACUCGUGAGAAAGACCAAAGGCAACCCAAAGUGCUACAACCAAUGAAGAGUGGAUGUAUUUUCUGUUUUUAGCCAAUAGGUAACAGAACCAAAGACAUUGAACGGUGCAAGAUGUAAUGGUAAUGGUAAAAUCUAGAUUUUGUAAGUGCCUCUUACCAAUGUGUGCCAGAUUUUAUACACACAUUUUUAUACAAAGUGUUUCCAUAUGGUGCUUUACCACAACAUGUUUUGAUAUGAUUCCUGAACAAGUGCCUUUGCAAUUUUUCUUUGUUGCCAUAAUGUAAAUAAAAUCUUAAAACCUGA